UGUGUAGACUCCCUUGCGAGUGUCGCAACAGCCGUACUCUUAGCUCGAAGCGGCCCAUUCGUGGAGAAAUCGAUGUAGUCGUCAGUCGCCACUUUCCCCUCACUAAAAUCACGUUCGUAAUAUAUUUAUAAUAAUAAAGAUAUUGUACAAAAAUACUUCCGCGAACGCGUCGGGUUUUAUUAAUUGAACAUUUAUUGUUUUAUUGCCAUCUAUAAAAACCGUUAGUCGUUAUUUUUUUUUUUUUAUUUUGUUUUAUAAUUAAAAAAUAUUAGUGUUUGUGAACAAUGUAAGAACUGGCCGUUAAGGUAUCCAUUGGGCUGCAGAUGCAGGGCGAGGCGAGGCAAUGAAGCCAUUUAUAAAGCAGGCGUUCGUUGUAAGCGGAGCGGCGCUAAACAUAGCUGGACAUGGGUGCGCACACGGAUUCCCGGCUGUUCUCUUCGCGCAGCUGAAGGUCGACGGUGGACCUGUGGUUUUAACUGAUCAUGACACUUCCUGGAUAGCGUCGGUGGUUGGCGUGAUGGGCAUCGUCGGCAACUUCAUAUCACCCGUACUGAUGACGCGCUUCGGACGCCAAAAAGCGCACCUCAUCUCCACCGUCCCAGCGUUGCUUGGCUGGAUCGUCUUCGUCCUGGGCAACUCCGUACCGGCAUUCCUAACAGCCAGACUUCUCCACGGAUUGGCCUUGGGUUUGAGGACACCAUUGGCCGCGAUUCUAGUUGCAGAAUACACAGAUCCCAAGUACAGAGGUGCGUUCCUCGGCACCUUUGCCAUAUCGUUAGGACUUGGGAUAUUCCUAUCGCACCUUUGGGGUGCUUAUCUGACAUGGAAAAUGACCGCAAUCGUCUGUUCCAUGUUCCCAUUGAUAUCCAUGGCAAUUAUAAGCCUUUCCCCUGAAUCGGCUAGCUGGUUGGUAUCAAAAGGACGAUUUGAGGAAGCCAAAAAAGCCUUCAAAUGGGUUAGAGGAGAUGGGCACGAACAACAAGAGGAAUUAGAAGCUAUGAUUAACACGCAAAAAGAAGAGAUGGCAGCAGAAGACAAGAGCAAGAGCGCAGUUAAGAUUACCGUUAAGAACAUAUUUAAAUCCACAUUAGAUGGGAUUAAGCAGAUAUUGAGAAUCUUCAAGAAGAAAGAAUUUUAUAAGCCCGCAAUUAUAGCUAUAAGUAUGUUGAUAGUAUUCGAGUUUGGUGGAGCACACAUGGUUGCGGCGUACGGCAAUAUAAUAUUGCAAGCUGUUUUGGACAAAGCCGACGCAAAAGAUGUUGCUUGGCAGUUCACUGUCAUCGACUUACUAAGAACAGUGUGCGCAUUCCUUGCUAUAUUCCUGCUAAAGUAUUUCAAAAGGAGGACGAUAUUGUUCACGAGUGGAACUAUGACUGUGCUUUCUUUAUCUUCUAUAUCCGUUUUUGUGUAUAUGAGGAAAGCUGAAUUAUUUGAACAGGCAUGGAUACUAGAUGUAGUUCCGAUGUCAUUAAUGAUUUUAUACACUUUGUCAUUCUGUUUAGGACUAGUGCCGCUAAAUUGGGUGAUUUGCGGAGAAGUCUUUCCUUUAGCUUAUAGAAGUUUAGGAUCUACUUUAUCUACAUCCUUUUUGACACCUUCGUUCGUGGUGUCCAUGAAGACGGCACCACACUUAUACUCUUCAGUGGGCGUGGAAGGUGCAUUCCUAGUUUACUCAGCCACAUUAACAGUUUUCUUAAUGAUAAUGUAUGUACUGUUGCCAGAAACGAAAGAUAGGACUUUGCAUGCCAUUGAAAAUAGUUUUAAAGGUAAAAAAUAUGUGGACCCUGAAGUACAAAUGACAUUAAUGAAUAAAGAAGAGGUAGUCGUUAAGUGAGACAAAAUCACAGUUCCUUGGUGCAUGUAAAUAAAGUAUAAAUAAGAAUGCUAGUAUCUUAUAAGGUUAUGUUUAAGAAAAAGACUCAUAAGUCGAAGGAAAUAAGAUAAUGAUUCGAAUAGUAGCUACAUCUAAUUUACCAAUCGAAUAUUUUUUAGAUUUUAUAGGUAUUAUGUUUUCCGCGUACAUAUGGCCUUCA